ACCUCCAAGGCGCCUGUUUCUUCCUCUCGGGUCGUCGGGAUUUCUUCGGUUCGAGGAGUAUGUAGGGGAAAUGUAGGGGAAAGGAUUCUGGUCUGGGGAUUCUACCUGUUGCGGAGAACGCUCCACAGGGCAGAGAUUUCAAAAACCAUAUUAUCCCGAUUUUCCUAUUUUCCCUUUUCACAUAUUUCCUUUUGCACAUGGAUCUUGCGCUCCGUUAUGUGUUGGUCCUCGCCCCAUCUCGUUUCCACUUCCAUUUCUUGGGAAUCUAAGAACCAAAAAAAUAAGGAACUAAGAAAAAGGCGCCCUGCAACAACAAAACACUAACUAACUUCUCUCGCGCUCGCUCGCUCCCGUAUCAGCUGUGCGCCCGCUCUCCGACGAUCCUCGGCCGGGGUGCAUCUAUAAAAACCAGCCGCUGCAAGAGAGCCAGCACAUUCGUUCUCCGUUCGUCGUCGAGUUAACAGCUCUUCUUGUUCUACCUUUCGGUUCCUCGUUCGGUGACUUGAACUGUGCGGUUUCAAAAUAUUAACAAAGUAUAACCCUCGCACAACCACACACCAACCUCAAAAAUGAAAACAUGCUGAAACGGACACAUUAAAGAAAAACUAAACCAACUAAAAUGCAAUACUAGCGAAAACCAAGGACUACCAUCCAAAUUUCAAACAAACCAACUGUAAAUGAGUGAAGAGUGAAGACUAAGAAAAAAUUGUGUUUUAGCAAUUUUUCGGCUACAAUUAAAAACUCGCAAGCGAAAUCAAAAUUCUUCAGUUUUUCGAAACCCGAAACACACUACACAAAAACCAACAAAAUGCUGUGGGAAACUAUUGUCGAAGAAAACAACUGCAGCAUGGAUUGCAAUAUCAGUAAUAACACCAGCGGUUCCAGUAAUAUCAACAAAAUGAGUGGAUCUCGCCGUGCCCGCCGUUCCUUGGAACUGAUGAGCAUGGACCAGGAGGAGCUGUCGUUCUACGACGACGACUCUGCGCCCCAGGAUCAGCAGCGAUCUGCCAGUCCGGAACUGAUGGGUCUGCUCUCGCCAGAGGGCUCGCCCCAGCGCUUCCAGAUUGUCCGCCAGCCGAAGGUCCUGCCAGCAGUUGGAGGAGCCAACGAUGUCUUGACCCACACACCGGCUCGCAGCUUCCGCAUCUUCAACAGCCUGUCCUCCACCUGCUCCAUGGAGUCCUCCAUGGACGAUGAGUACAUGGAUCUCUUUGAGAUGGAGUCGCAGAGCCAGCAGAGUGCCCUUGGUUUCCCCAGUGGCCUGAACUCGCUGAUCAGCGGACAGAUCAAGGAGCAGCCAGCGGCCAAAUCGCCAGCGGGCUUGUCCAUGCGCCGUCCUUCGGUGAGGCGAUGCCUCAGCAUGACGGAGAGCAACACUGCCACCCCACCACCACCAAAGACCCCAGAGACUGCCCGGGAUUGCUUCAAGCGCCCGGAACCGCCAGCAUCGGCCAGCUGCUCGCCCAUCCAGAGCAAGCGUCACCGCUGCGCCGCCGUCGAGAAGGAGAACUGCCCCGCACCCAGCCAAAUCGUGACCAGCCAUCCCCCGCCGUUGAGGAAGUGCAUGUCCCUCAAUGACGCCGAGAUCAUGUCCGCCCUGGCCCGCUCCGAGAACCGCAACGAGCCCGAGCUGAUCGGCGACUUCAGCAAAGCCUACGCCCUGCCCCUGAUGGAGGGUCGUCAUCGGGAUCUGAAGAGCAUCUCCAGCGAAACCGUGGCCCGCCUGCUGAAGGGGGAGUUCAAGGACCAGGUGGCCAGCUACCGGAUCAUCGACUGCCGCUAUCCCUACGAAUUCGAGGGCGGCCACAUCGAGGGCGCCAAGAAUCUGUACACCACCGAGCAGAUCCUCGAGGAGUUCCUCACCGUCCAACAGACUGAGCUGCAGCAGCAGCAGAACGCCGAGUCGGGACCGAAGCGCAACAUCAUCAUCUUCCACUGCGAGUUCUCCUCGGAGCGCGGUCCGAAAAUGUCCCGCUUCCUGAGGAACUUGGACCGGGAGAGGAACACCAAUGCGUAUCCGGCGCUGCACUAUCCCGAAAUCUAUCUGCUGCACAACGGUUACAAGGAGUUCUUCGAGUCGCAUGUGGAGCUCUGCGAGCCCCAUGCCUACCGCACCAUGUUGGACCCCGCCUACAACGAGGCCUACCGCCACUUCCGGGCCAAGUCGAAGUCCUGGAACGGCGAUGGCCUGGGCGGUGCCACCGGGCGGCUCAAGAAGUCGCGCUCCCGACUGAUGCUGUAGGCGCUAAGGAGUUCGUUAUCUAAAUUUGGGUGUUAUCGUAUUGUAUAUAUAGACGUAUAGGGGUAUUUAUUUCACGCUGAUUUUAAGUUGAUUUUUGUUGAUUUUCAUUUGUUAAUCCGUAGACUUAGUUUCUCGCACUCGCAGUCGCACCCAAAACAACACUCUCACUCAUGCAAAACAGACAAUUUCAUUUGGAAUUUAACGCUUUUGUUUAGUUAUUAUUGUUUUUUAUGGAUUCGGCUUUAGUUCAAUUAUUUAAGCACUCUAGUUCAAAUUUUAAAGAUAACCAUCGAACAAACAAACGAAAAAUGUGCAUUAUAAUCUAAAAACGUGAGGAACACUGUCGUUAAAAUUUAAGAGAGGCCGAUCCCGAACACAGACCCCUUAAUCAUUUCUAGAUGAUAAGCAGAACAAAAUGGCUAAAAACUAAAAAACACAAAAAAUAUCUCACAAAAACACACACUCUCAUUAUUCACAUCCACAUCCAUUUAAAUGUUUAAGAACUAUCAUUUAAGAGUUGAAAGUUGAAAACUUCUGCUAGGUACAAUUUACGCUUAUUAUUUGUUUAUUUUUAUGUAAUCCGUAACCGAACAAGCCCCUGAAACGCAUACAAGAAAAACAAAUAUUUUACCAUGUAAUGAUUAUUAUUUAAGCAAAGCUUAUUUUUGCAUCAAAAAAGGCAAUAUUAUUGAACAAAGACCAUCAAUUUUAAUUAUACUUAAUACACGACUAAAACAGAACUGAAA